CGCUCGCCAGUAAGUGAGAAGACUCUUGUGGGUGUGUGUUGUCGGGGCCCCUCUCUCCCAGGCAACAGCGUGGCAGGAUACAAAGGUUUUGUGUGGGUAUCGACUCGCCUUUAACCAACUGGUGCAAAAUCUGCUUCAGAUAGCAGAGUGGUCAGUAAGAGUGCGGAGUGGAUGAAGAGUGUUGGUUCCCGAGGAGGUGGAGUGUUUUUUGGGAGUGUAGUCAGCUGAGUGAGGUGCACGGCGGCUCGCGGGCCAGAUAGAGGCGCCAGGUGUAAAGCUGCUUGAGAAAUCCUCGUGAAGGUGCUCACUGUGGUCACUGCUCUCCAUGUGAGGCUGCCGUGCUGGGCCCUGGUGUGCACUGUGUUGGGCCGGCCAGCACGGGCGUGAGGCGGCGCCCAUGGCUCUCGUGGGCACUCGCUCCAGCAGUGGGCGGCAGCAUAUGAUGGCGGGCGUGGGGGAGCGAAGUGUGGGCGUAGUGCCCCCCACCCACAACGCCGCUAUCCUCGCAGCUGCUCAGCCCAACUAUUAUGCCCACUUGGACCCUCGGGGGGCCGCCCCCCAGCCAGGCACGGGCGUGGGGGCUAUCCACGCCCACCACCCUCACCACAGGACCAGCAGCACCUCCGCCCAGCAGCAGCAGCCUCAGCAGCAGUCAGGUGCGGGCGGCGUGGGCGGCCAGCAGCAGCAACAGCCUCACCAUGGACAAACAGCCACGCCCUCGCCCACCAACAGCAACGAGGUGACGCCCGAUAGACCCAUCGGCUACGGCGCCUUCGGAGUUGUCUGGGCGGUGACGGAUCCUCGGGACGGGCGGAGGGUGGCGCUGAAGAAGAUGCCCAAUGUGUUCCAGACCCUCGUGUCCAGCAAGAGGGUGUUCCGUGAGCUGAGGAUGCUGUGUUUCUUCAAGCACGAGAAUGUGUUGUCAGCGCUGGAUAUCCUGCAGCCGCCCCAUCUUGACUUCUUCCAGGAGAUUUACGUCAUUACGGAGCUGAUGCAGAGCGACCUCCACAAGAUCAUCGUAUCCCCACAGCACCUCUCCGCAGACCACGUCAAGGUGUUCCUCUACCAGAUCCUCAGAGGCCUCAAGUACCUACACUCCGCCCGGAUCAUCCACAGAGACAUCAAACCGGGCAACCUACUCGUCAACUCCAACUGCGUGCUGAAGAUCUGUGACUUCGGGCUGGCGCGGGUGGAGGAGCCUGACGAGAGUAAGCACAUGACGCAGGAGGUGGUGACGCAGUACUAUCGCGCCCCGGAGCUCUUGAUGGGGGCCCGCCACUACACGCAGGCCGUCGACGUGUGGUCUGUAGGCUGCAUCUUUGGGGAGUUGCUUGGACGACGCAUCCUCUUCCAAGCGCAGAGUCCCGUCCAGCAGCUGGAGAGAAUAACAGACCUCCUGGGCACCCCAAACCUGGAGGACAUGAAGUACGCCUGCGAGGGAGCCGUGACCCACAUGCUGCGCCGCCCCUCCAAGCCCCCUGCCCUGCCCGCCCUCUACACCCUCUCCAACCACGCCACCCACGAGGCCGUCCACUUACUCACUCAGAUGCUCGCCUUUGACCCUGACAAGCGGUUGACGGUGACAGAGGCGCUGGCUCACCCUUAUCUGGAUGAAGGGCGUCUCAGGUACCACUCCUGCAUGUGCAACUGCUGCGCCUCCACCUCCUGUGGCAGUCGCCAGUACACCCUGGACUUUGAGCCCACUGCGCCACACGCCUUUGACGACACCUGGGAGAAUGAGCUGCGGUCCAUGUCCCAGGUGAAGGAUCGCCUGCACAGGUUCAUCAUGAGCCACCUGGCGCGGGACCGGGUGCCCCUCUGCAUCAAUCCAAUGUCUGCUGCGUACAAGAGCUUUGCUAGCUCCACGGUGGCCCACCCUUCGGAGCUUCCGCCGUCCCCGCACCAGUGGGAUUGACAGGACGCCAAGCACUAGGCCUCAAGGACUUGAUGAGUACAGUGUACAGGAAGGCACCUCGUGGAAGCUAACAAGAAGCAAGAAUGUGAAUGUGAGUGGAUAGAGACAAGGACUUGCUACUGUAAUGAUAUUGUAUAGAGAGAGAGAAAGGAGAAAGAGAGAUCCCAUGUGAGUGACUGACUUAAGAUAGUGGUUUGUAGUGUUGUAAACUUUAUCCUUGGCAUGCAGCUUGGCUGUUGGUGAGAUGAGUGAUACUUUUAUUCAGCUGAAUCAUUCAGAACUCUUACAUGUUCCAUGUCCUGGAAUAUGCUACAAGAGAACUUUGUAAAUCAGCAUGAAUUCAGAAGUGGUUAAAAGUAGAUGUGAAUGUUGAAGGCUUUCACUGGGGAGGCCAAGUGUGUGUGUGGACAGCAGCCAGAGGGUGUGAUGAGUAGCAAGGCUCCUGUGCCAGUUCCUUAGUCAAGAAAAAAAUCACUGCCAAGUACACUGAGGAAGAAAUGGCCAAUCCUGAUGGAGGUUGUGUCAGUUUCGAUCCUCAAAAUCAUGUUUUCAGGUAUAAGGAUCAAAGGUUUGUCUUCUGAUAACAACAGGAGACAACUGAGGCUUGCAAGGUGAGGAUGGGGAACUCCAUCCUUGCAUCAGCCUUGUUAGGUGAGGCUGGGGAGCUCCACCCUCUUGACAACCUUGCUCAACCAAUAAUGAUCUCCAGCCCAGCAUCUCACUGCAAGGCCAAUGACACUACAAGGUUGCUCAAGCCAGCAUCAUGAGCACUGCCACUCCUCCUGCCAACCCACUGCCUCCUCCCACAGCCUCUGUUGUCUCUCAGGAAGACUUCUGCAGUUGAAGGAAAACAUUAUUGAUAUUGUGACAAACUUUUGCUUAGAAGACAACAUUAGGUUUGUGAUGGUGGUGGCAGUGGUGAUGGUGAUGACAGCUGGUGGCAGUGUGUUCCAGAUCUUAACUCACACAGACUCUCCACAAGUGGAAGGGAUAUAAGAAGAGAGUCCUUUGGCAGUAUUUAGUUGCCCUGAACAUUUUUAGUUGCAUUAAUCUAUCUUCAAAGAUUUACAUUUCCAAGUAAUACUUGUUUGUCCCACAAAGUGAUACUUGAUGCUGUCUACAGCAAUAUAAUGUGAUAUGUUUCCUCCUUCAUCAUCAUAUCUCAUUUCACAUCAUAACAAGUGAUGAGUACUUGAGAAGUCACACUUAAACUUUCAGCCCAAAAAACUCAGGAAUGGCAACAUGCACAAGUGCUUUUGUUUCCUUUUGCCAGGGUCACAUGCCUGUGGCUGUGGCUCCUUAGGGCUGUCUCUCUAUAUCACAAGUCCACUUUCUUCCUACGAUGAACGGAUGUCAUUAAAGACAUUUGAAUUGAUUUACUUUGAAACAUUGCAGGAAUUUAAGCAUGAUUUUUUUUUUUUAUCAUUAUUUUUUUAUUAUUAUUUUUGUGUGUAUAGGUUCAGGAGAUUAUUUUGUGUGUGCAAUGAGGUGUCAGUUUGCAAUAAUCUUAUAAUGUCAAUUGGUUUUAGUUUAAAGUUAUGUUGUAGUUCAGUUAAUGAACUUUGAUGGCAGCCACAACCAGGAACUUGUGAGUCUGUGAUAAUUCUCCCCACCUGAGAGGAGUGUGUUCCCCUAAUGCAGUGCUCAGCCCGUGUUCAGGAGUCCUCAUUGAGAGGCUCAGGCAGGAUAAUUAGGUUGAAAGGUGCUUUCUAUUUCAGAAGGGAAGUCUCAGAAAGUUAUGGAAAUCUUACCUCAUGACACUUUUCUUAUUUAAUAGUAUGGUUUAAAGAAAUUGGGUAUGAAUUUUGGCAUGAAAACCAAAAAUUGUGGCGAUAACUUGUGUUCAGAUGAUGUAGAUGUGUGGACACCUGAUGGAAUGUUCAGGUGUGGGAUUGGGUGAGCAGCAAGACUAAUAGGCUUUUAAUCAUAAUUAUUUUUAUUAUUAAGGAUGACUUCAGUGCAGUUUAGAGAGGACCAACAGAGAUCAGAACCCCAAGCAGAAGCGUGAUUGAUCCCGAGCAGCAUGUACUGCCCUGACAAGAACUGUUCGUUGUAGUUCCUCAUUUUGAUACGGAAACUGUUUUAUGCAGUGGCUGUACUUCCUUUUAUUUGUUUGUCAACUCCUAGUAGUUAUUUUUAAAUUUUGUUUUGAUGGUUUUCAGGAAGAUUCUGAUGAUAGGUUUGCCCACAGUAUACACAGACUACCUCAGAUGAUUUUCAUAGUCUCCACUAGUAAUAUUGUCUCCCAUGUUUGUUUUGUGUUGUAAGUGUUGAGUCCUCACAUGGAAGGAGCACGAGUGUGUUGAUGCCAUGUCACAGCCACAGCAGGGCAGUGUGUCUUGCUGUGGCUACCAGGACACAGCCCCACUGCCUGCUAUAGGAUAUGGACUGCAUCCUGUUGUAGGAUGCCCAUUGUCUUGCCAUCAGUGUUGCAGGAUAUUUACAAUGCUCUGCUGUGGCUGCUGCAGGAUGAAUAAACACACACACACACACACACACACACACACACACACACACACACACACACACACACACACACACACACACACACACACACAGCCUCCUACAUUUGUACUGGACCUGCACACUCGAUGAAACCUUCAGGACGGUGCUUGGCCCUGGGCUGACAGAGGAGGAAGAAGAGAAGGAGCCAAGUAUCUGCUCAAAGACCUUUAAAGGAACUCAGUGUGGUUUCCAGCAACAUGAGAAAAGGCUUUUAUUUGUAGCUUCUCUUUACUGUAUGCAAAUGUAGAAAGACAGUCAGAUGACUACAGUCUGUUAUUAUGACUUUUCUCAUCACUUAAUAGCUAAUUUGACUGAUAUUUUUUAUGUUGUAGCUGCAUAUAUCCUGAGAUCAACUCUUGUAUAUGAUGACAAUGUGUGACAAUAUUCACAUGAAGGGUGUGUGUUUGUGAGUGUGCAUGUGUGCAUGUGUCCCUGUGGACCCUGACUGAGGUGUUCCUGCUGGAGGCUCAGGGUCAUGGUCCCGUGCAGCUUUGAGGGAGGGGCAGCCUGAGUCUUGAGUUUAUGAUGUACCUUUGUCUAUAUUAACUAAGAAAUAGCCUUCUUGGUUACAAAGGAAGUGGGAUUAUCCUCUGUGAGGUUACUUCCUAAGAGCAGACCUGUUGGUGUUAUGUUGGGUCUGAAGUAAAGGAUCUCCAUUACAACCCCCGGCCAGGAUGGUUCCAAGUGGCACUGUGCUGGCCGGGGCUCACUGAUUACUGUAGAUAUUAUCUGUAGUAGUGCUGCUCAUCAUGCUGUGAGGAUGCUGGUCACUGGGUGCAAUUGGAAAUUAAAUUUCAAAAAUUUGCAUGGGGAUAAAUUCUUAAAAUGUGCCUACAAUUUGUCCUUGAUAUUACUCAAGGUUGUUUUAUAAUCUGGUUUGUAUUGAGACCAGAACACAGAAUUUAAAAAAAAAUUAUAAAACAUUUUGAUUUUAUAGGCUACUUUUAUAUCAUAUGAAAGUAAUUUACAAUAUUAACAUAUCUACUGAAGUUCUGCAAAAUUCUUUGGAGGGGUUUGCAUCCUGGGCCUGGCUUGUGUGAGCUGAAGUGUGUAUAAAGGCAAGUUUUGUACGUUUUUACCAAAUGUAGUGAAAUGUUUUGGUGUGUCCACCUGCUGUGUUGCUCGGGAUUAGGUGUGCUGGGUCACCAACUUAUAGAGGAUUAAUACUCUAAGUCAUGAGCUCCAGCAUGUUGUUGAGUACCUCUAGACCUUUGUCUGAUCAUUGGUCCUGCAGUGACUCAGAAGAGCUGCUCGACAUAACGUUGCAGUUUUUGCUGCUGAUAGUUAGUGCAGUGGCCCUCACCUGCCUCACCUGUUGGCUGCAGGACUGUUGCUAUCACUUGAUGAGGUGCAGGUGUCAGCUUAACAGGAAGCACAUGUUGCUGAGGCUGAGAGCAUCUGUAAGAAAAUCAGCAAGAAGAAUGCCCUUGGCUGCACAUUGUGUGUGUGGUAUAAGGGUGUUGGCCUCCUUGGCGACAUGAGGUGUGAUGGUGGUAGCUGUUAAGGCAGUUGUCCAGCAUCUAGAGUGGCGCUCAGUGGUGUCAUGUUGCAAUAUUACUGGAAGGCAAGAAUGUUCAUUGCCUUAUAACAAUGUCUCGCCGAGCAUUUGUCAACUGAACAUUGUCAUAACUGCCUACAUUUUGGUGUAUUCUUUUAAGCAUUAUGCCCAUCUUGGUCAUACGUGAUAAUAAAAUAAUUUUUAUA